UGCAUUGACUCCUUCGUCAAAACCACCCCGAAGCCCGAAGUCGCAGCUCAUCGCACCUCUGACUCAACCACCCUCAUCUCUCUCUCCUCAUCCUCCAUACUCGUAUUCGCCCUGAACCUCGCGCCACCCUCCUUUGUCCUUGCGCCAGUCGCUCCCUUUUGGUGUGUGUUUCGUUCUGGAUUUCAAGAGGAAGCAAUAGAAAGGGGAGAAAAAAGAGAAGUACCGCAGCCAUGGCCGCAACUAUCAAAGCCAUCAACGCGCGGAUUCGCUCGAACAAGGUCCUCGACUAUUUUUGUUCAACACAUUUCUGGGGCCCAGCUUCGAAUUUCGGCAUCCCCAUCGCCGCAGUGUUGGAUACACAGAAGGAUCCUGAGAUUAUCUCGGGACAAUUCACAGCCGCGCUCACGGUAUACUCGGGGACUUUCAUGCGAUAUGCCCUUGCCGUGACACCGAAGAACUACUUGCUGUUCGCGUGCCACUUUGUGAACUUCAACGCACAGCUCACGCAGGGCUACCGGUGGUACGAUUACUGGUAUGGCUCUGGCAAAGAACGCUGGGAAAAGAUCCGGGCCGAGAAUGCCAAAGCCGAGCUCGAGGGCACCGUCGACUCGAUUGCCAGCCAGACGAAAGACAAAGUUCAGGGCGCUGUGGAGGAGGUGAAGAAGACGGUGUCGUAAUUGAGGCAGACGUGUGAUGGGGAGUGUCGGGCAGUGUGGAUGGCUGUGGGAGAAAGGAAACAGGAUUCUGCCUAAUGCCUGGAUGGUACGCAAACUGAGGUCCGCGGUUUUGGGUCACGGGCAACGACCGAGGAAUCUUCUGCCCUGCGGUAUUGUUUCGAAGUUGGUACACAGGAAAUCCGCGGCGCUGUCCUUUCCUAUGACAGCGCCGACUUCCCCCUGGAUUGGAUUGGAAUGGACUGGAAUGGAAUGGGAGAAGUACAAAAAGAACUCGUUGUCCUUUUUUUUUUCUUCUGACGUUCGUCGCCUACGUAGGUACCUACAUAGGUACGUUAAACCCUCUCAGCUCCGAGUCGGCGGAGGGGCACAUUAUAUGUGGAAGAGAGCUCCUUGCCCCCAUAGGACCUUAGCCUUAUCUCGUCCGCAAGUUCCUGCCUGCGCACUCCGUCCG